AUUUCGGGAAGGACCGAGCGCCGUCUAGUUCCAGGCGGAUAUCACAUUGUUGAAAAACAUCUCAUCGAGCGCUGGUUCGCUGUGUGGAAACGUGGACUCUCUUGUCCAUUUGUGUUUACCUGCCUGUAGGUAAACGACCCAAGUCUGUGUUGAAACCUCGGUCGUCUCACCAAAAUGCCUAAAAAGAAAACGGGAGCCAGGAAAAAGGCGGAAAAUCGCAAAGAACGAGAGAAACAGAGUCGAGCCAACCGAGAACACGUGGAUGUGGCCAAACAUCCCUGCAAUUUCUCCAUGGAGUGUGACAAGUGUCAAAUGAAACAGAAGAACAGAGCUUUCUGUUACUUCUGCAGGGCCGUGCAGAAGCUGCCUGUCUGUGCCCAGUGCGGUAAAACUAAGUGCAUGAAGGCUUCAGACUGCGUCAUCAAACACCCUGGUGUCCACAUCACCGGAAUGGGAAUGGUGGGUGCUGUUUGCGACUUUUGCGAGGCCUGGGUUUGUCACGGCAGGAAGUGUCUGAGCACUCAUGCCUGCAUUUGUCCACUGGUGGAUGCAGAGUGCAUCGAGUGUGAACGUGGCGUCUGGGAUCACGGAGGGAGGAUUUUCCGCUGCUCCUUCUGUCAUAACUUCCUGUGUGAGGAUGAUCAGUUUGAGCACCAGGCCAGCUGCCAGGUCCUGCAGGCAGAGACCUUUAAAUGUAUUUCCUGCAAUAGACUGGGACAACACUCAUGUUUGCGCUGCAAGGCUUGCUACUGUGACGAUCAUUCGAAGAGCAAAGUCUUCAAACAGGAGAAGGGAAAAGCACCGCCGUGUCCCAAGUGCGGGCACGAGACCCAGGAGACCAAAGACCUCAGCAUGUCCACCCGCACUCUGAAGUUCGGACGCCAGACCGAGGACGACGAUGACUACGAUGAUGGCGCCUCGGGGUACGACUCCUACUGGCAGAAGGCGGCAUCUGGGGGCGGACGCCACGGCGACGAAGACGGGGAGGAUGAUGAUUACGAUGGGGGUGACUAUGAAGAGGAUGAGGAUGAUGAAGAAGACGAUGAGGAAGAGGAGGAGGAGGAGGAAGAAGAGGGUGAGGAGGUGAAAGCCACAGAGAGCUUAUCCAGCCUGAAGUUGGAUGGAGCCGCUGCCUGAGGAGAUAUCGACUUUGGAACUGAGUAACCAGUGUUGUGUUGUUGCAUUGCCAGGUCUAUACAAAGAGUGUGGUCAGUUAUGGGAAGAAGGAAAUGAUUUGUAGAGUUGGGUGAUGAAGCACAUGCAAAAUAUUUAAAAGAAGUGGCCGGUUUUAAAAGAAGACUUUCAGUUUCGCUGAGGGUUAUUGAUUUCUUGUUGUUCUUACGCUGACAAAGGACUUCAGCUACAGCUGGUGUGGGACACACUGUUGGAAGCAUUUCGCCUCUGUUUGUGAGAGAAAUAAAGCUUUAUCAGAGAACCGUAUCAAA